AGUCACUAGUCACAACUCACAACGAGUCAUCUUUGCUCAAGGAGAAGCUCACAGCAUACAACUCAAUCUGCAAGGAUGCUUCGAACAACGCACCUCGUUUUCAGGAGGGAGAAGAGCAAAGCUGCGGGAGCCUCUAGUGGUUUCUCAACAGCGUCGAACGUCCAGAGGUUAGCCGGCAAGGUCGCCGUCAUCACAGGCGCCGCCAGCGGCAUCGGCAAGUCGACGGCCACCGAGUUCGUCCGGAACGGCGCCAAGGUCAUACUCGCCGACGUGCAGGACGACGUCGGCCGCGCCGUCGCGGCGGGGCUCGGCGCGGACGCGGCCUACACCCGCUGCGACGUCACCGACGAGGCCGAGAUCGCCGCGGCGGUCGACCUCGCCGUGGCGCGCCACGGGCACUUGGACAUCCUCUACAGCAACGCGGGCGUGUCCGGGUCAUCAGCGCCGGAGCCGCUCGCGUCGCUGGACCUCGCGGACUUCGACCGCGUCAUGGCGACCAACGCGCGGUCCACGGUGGCCUGCGUCAAGCACGCCGCGCGCGUCAUGGUGCCGCGGGGCCGCGGGUGCGUCCUCUGCACGGGGAGCACCACGGGCAUGCUGGGCGGGGUCGCGGCGCUGCCCUACAGCGUCUCCAAGGCUACGACCAUCAGCGUGGUGCGGGCGGCGGCGGAGGAGCUGGCGCGUUCCGGUGUGCGGGUGAACGCCAUCUCGCCGCACGCCAUCGCGACGCCGAUUCUGAUCGGCUCGCUCGCGAAGAUGCUCCCUGGUGUCAGCGAGGAGCAGCUGAAGCGGCUGGUGCAGAUAGGCAUGAGCGAGAUCCGAGGCGCGGUGCUGGAGCCCGAGGACGUGGCGAGGGCGGCCGUCUACCUGGCUUCCGACGAGGCCAAGUACGUGACCGGGCAUAACCUCGUAGUCGACGGCGGGUUCACGGUCGGCAAGCGGAUCAGCAUGCCGUCGGCGAAUUGACUAGAUGCGCUAGCUGACUCCCUCCUGGGAAUAAGUCAAUGUACUCCGUUGACCGGACUAGCUGGUUGGUUGCUAGUUCUAUAUGAACUGAUGUAUCUACUAUCAUCAAGGACGCUACACUUCGUUGAUCAAUUGCGACUUUUAGUUGAUCAACGGAAGAAUUUGUCUG